CUUUGUUUUUUUUUUUUGACAAACUACCCGGCAUCAAACGUCAUAUUGAAUUCUGAAUAAUCUGUGUGUUGAGUCUGAGUCCUAAACAAGAGUAAAUGUUUUCACGAAUUCAAAGUCUUGUUAUUUAAACGGCCAUAAACACAUGUCCGGAAAGAGGAGAAGAGGCAGAUGCAUAAGUAUUAAUUGAGAGGAUAGCAUAACAAUGGAACGCUUAUUUGGAUAGGGAGGCCUUAUAGUUUGCUUGUCUUUUUCUGCAGCUUUUGUCAUCCGAGCUGAAGUGGCGUGAGUGAUUAACUUGUUUUUAAUUUGGGCAUGAAAGCCUCGGCCUGCUUGUGCUUGGUCUGGGGCAGUCCCAGGCAUCUGCAUUGUUUAGGGUCUGAAGCAGCAUUGGAUUAGUGGAUAUUUCAGCUCCACGUCUCCAAUUAUGUGGGCUUUUUAAUCAGUGAAAAGGCCAUCCUUUGGGAAAAGUGAGCAGAAAAUGAAGAGAGUGGGAGUGGUGGGCGGAGGGAUAAGCGGUCUGGUCUCAGCAUACGAGCUGGCAAGAGCAGGAGUGGAGGUGGUUGUGCAUGAGAAACAAGACUACUUGGGAGGCCAUGCCAGGACUGUCAAUGCCGAUGGCUUUCUUCUUGACUUGGGCUUCAUGGUCUUCAAUCGGGUGACAUAUCCAAACAUGAUGGAGUUAUUCGAGAGUUUGGGAGUUGACAUGGAACUAUCGGACAUGUCGUUUGCAGUGAGCCUGGACAAAGGCCGACGUUGCGAGUGGGGCAGUCGAAACGGUCUCUCUAGCUUAUUUGCCCAGAAAACAAACAUCCUCAACCCUUACUUCUGGCAAAUGAUUCGUGAAAUUGUCAACUUCAAACAUGAUGUUCUCAGCUAUCUUGAUAGGCUUGAGAGUAACCCAGAUGUUGAUCGCAAUGAGACUUUGGGCAACUUUGUCAAGUCCCGGGGUUACUCAGAGUUGUUCCAAAAGGCCUACCUUAUUCCAAUUUGUGGUUCAAUUUGGUCCUGUCCUUCCGAAGGAGUCAUGAGCUUUUCUGCUUUCUCAGUUCUCUCAUUCUGUCGCAACCAUCAUCUGCUUCAGCUCUUUGGCCGACCCCAAUGGCUUACUGUCAAAUGGCGCUCACAGAACUAUGUUAGAAAGGUCAGAGAAGAGCUUCAGAAAAAAGGUUGCCGUAUAUUAACUAACUCUGCAGUCAUAUCAGUUUCAACAUCUGAAAAAGGAUGCGUUGUUCAAUGCAAAGAUGGUACUCAAGAAAUCUAUGAUGAAUGCAUUAUGGCUGUCCAUGCCCCUGAUGCUCUGAGAAUAUUAGGAGACCAAGCAACAUUUGAUGAAAGGAGAAUCCUUGGAGCUUUUCAAUAUGAGUAUAGUGAUAUUUUUCUUCAUCGUGAUAAAGAUUUAAUGCCCAAAAACCCAGCAGCAUGGAGUGCAUGGAAUUUUUUGGGAAAUACUGACAAUAGAGUGUGUGUGACCUACUGGCUCAAUAUUCUUCAGAACUUAGGAGAAACGAGUCUACCAUUCCUUAUAACUCUGAACCCAGAUCAUCCACCAGAACAUACAUUGCUUAAGUGGUCAACUGGCCAUCCAGUCCCUUCCGUCGCUGCAUCAAAAGCUUCAUCUGAAUUAGAUCUCAUUCAAGGGAAAAGAAGAAUCUGGUUCUGUGGGGCCUACCUGGGUUAUGGAUUUCAUGAGGAUGGAUUAAAGGCUGGCAUGACUGCAGCACAUGGGGUUCUUGGAAGGUGCUGCACCCUUUUAAGCAACCCAAAACACAUGGUACCUUCUUGGACAGAACUGGGUGCUCGACUUCUUGUGACUAGAUUCCUGAAAUCUUACAUCUCUACUGGAUGUUUAAUGUUACUGGAGGAAGGAGGGACAAUGUUCACCUUUGAGGGAUAUGGAAAAGGGAGCCUAUUGAAAAGUGUUAUCAGGGUCCACCAUCCUCAAUUCUAUUGGAAGGUUAUGACACAAGCUGAUUUAGGCCUUGCAGAUGCAUAUAUCAAUGGGGACUUUUCAUUCGUUGAUCAAGAUGAAGACCUCUUAAAUUUCUUUUUGAUUCUCAUAGCCAAUAGAGAUUCAAAUACCCAUAACUCAAAAUCAAAGAACAGGGGUUGGUGGACACCAGUUUUGUUCACAUCUUGUGUAGCAUCUGCAAAGUUCUUCAUCGAUCAUGUUUCAAGGAAAAAUACCCUUACACAGGCUCGCAGGAACAUCUCCAGGCAUUAUGAUCUGAGCAAUGAACUCUUCGCUCUUUUUUUGGAUGAAACAAUGACUUACUCAUGUGCUGUCUUUAAGAAUGAAAAUGAAGACCUGAAAGAUGCACAGAUGAGAAAGAUCUCACUUCUGAUUGAAAAGGCAAGAAUAGAAAAGAAGCAUGACAUUCUUGAGAUAGGAUGUGGAUGGGGGAGCUUAGCCAUUGAAGUUGUCAAACAAACUGGUUGCAAAUACACUGGCAUAACAUUGUCCAAGGAACAACUGAAAUUUGCAGAAAAGAGAGUUAGAGAUGCUGGGCUUCAGGAUCAUAUAAAAUUUCUUCUCCGUGAUUAUCGCCAAUUACCCAAGACAUACAAAUAUGAUAGGAUUAUAUCUUGCGAGAUGAUAGAAGCCGUUGGUCAUGAAUAUAUGGAAGAGUUCUUUGGUUGCUGUGAAUCAGUAUUGGCUAAUGAUGGACUUUUUGUUCUGCAGUUCAUAUCAAUACCGGAUGAGCGUUAUGAUGAGUACAGAUGCAGUUCAGAUUUUAUAAAGGAGUACAUUUUUCCAGGUGGUUGCUUACCCUCUCUAAGUCGAAUAACAUCAGCUAUGGCAGCUGCAUCUAGAUUCAGUGUGGAGCACAUAGAAAAUAUAGGAAUUCAUUACUACCAUACGCUUAGGUGGUGGAGGAAGAACUUCAUGGAAAGACAGAAUGAAAUCUUGGGUCUUGGAUUUAAUGAGAAGUUCAUUCGGACAUGGGAAUACUACUUUGAUUACUGUGCAGCAGGUUUUAAGUCCCAUACACUUGGGAAUUAUCAGGUGGUUUUUUCACGCCCUGGGAACACUACUGCGUUCACAGAUCCGUACAGAAGUUGGCCCUCCUGGUGACUUGAUUCUCAGAGAAGCAAAGGCUUCGCGUUCAAGCAAAACUGAAAAUAGCUUAUUCUUUUGCCAUCUUUUAUCUUCCAUGCCUUCAAUGUUUGAUAGAAUCUCCACUUAUUACAAGCAGAGAGUGAAUUGUUCUUAGUCUUGCUCUGAACCAGUCAAACUCACUACUAGGCUUGUAUUUUGUGCGAGCAUUAUUUUCAAUAGCUUUAAUUUCUUUAUCA